UGUCGGCCUCUUCCACGGCCACAGAACGGCCAGCCAUUCGAGCCCACGGCGCGGGUUUCAGCAAUAGUCGAGUUCCGAGCGCAAGUGGGCAAGGCGGUAGCAGUGCUGUCUCCUAUCAGACUGGAUAUGAUCCAGAUAGAUCAGAUACGGCGCAAGACAGUGUUUGGCGGUUGCAAGAGGAGGGGGUUCGCCAGCAGAAUCUUUUCCACUAUCCGAAUCACACUUACGCCUGGUCACCAAACCAACGACACCAACUUUCUUUAGCAGGCCUACAGUCGGCAGGAGCUCACGGAGGGACUGUGCAGGAACAAGGAAUGGCGGCUCAAGUCAUGCCGACUGCUUCGGUGCACUUUCAUCCCAGCCAGAUGUUUUAUGGUGGUGAUAUGACCAGUUCCUAUCAACACUUCGGCCAUGUUCCCUCGAGAAACGUCUCACACGAUCCUGAACCACCAGGACAACAACUACUGACGGUGUCGCAUCCAAAAGCGCCUUCCGAGAGCUCCUACCGGAAGCAGCCCCCUCACUCUCCGCAACGAGCAUUGGCGGCACCUGCAACGCGUGAUCGGACGCCCAUACGACAUCAGAGGCCUAGCGUAUCGCGAGGGCGCAGUCACAGCCGGAGUGAAAUGCUCCUGGCCUAUGCGACGGAGCAACAACAGAAUCAACUCCAUCAGUCACAAUCACUACCUUCAAUGUCGAGGAUGCCGGCACAAGGCGCGUCGAAUUUACCUCAAAUGUACGGGAUGUCUUCAUACCACAUGUCACCACCGUCAACGGGGUAUCCUCAACAAGGAGGUUUCUUCGGCACUCCUGUUCCACCAAAUGUUGCGCAUCAAGAGACCACGGGCUAUACAGUGCCUCAAAACGAGGGGGAAGCGCAGGGUUUCUAUCCUGUGGGACGCACAGUCUCACAUGGGUCGACGAUAAGUCUACCACCUUCCGAUUCUUCCAGUGCUCUUUACAUGCACGGCCAAGCUGCUCAUCCACAGCAGCCACUGCCUUCGAUAGGAAUGGCGAUGCAGCCGUUCCCGCCUGUACCCUCGACGCUUGAGUCGACCCCGGCCGAGAUUGAAAUCAUGCCAUCAAGGCCCAAGCCUCAAUGCUGGGAUCACGGUUGUAACGGACGGCAAUUUUCCACCUUCAGCAAUCUUCUACGCCACCAAAGGGAGAAGUCUGGCAGUGCCGUGAAGGCGGUCUGUCCUCACUGCGGGACCGAAUUCACGAGGACCACUGCCAGGAAUGGACACAUGUCCGGUGGUAAAUGCAAAGAUCAACUUUGAUGCGACUGUAUAACGAAUUUAUGACCACAAAAGAAAGCGCGGGAGAUCUCUCGAUUAGGUUGUUGCUCGCCUGAUGACAACAUCGCCACGAGGUUGACUCGGCUACGAGAUCUGAGCUGCGGCGACCAGUGACGGCAAUAAAGGACCCAGCCAGGCAA